AUGAUAGACGCAACAUCGUCAACGCCCCUAACAGAAGUCUCGAGGUUCGGACAGUAUAACACGAUUGAGAGUAUUCUCGAGAGGUUCGGACAGUAUAACACGAUUGUGAGUAUUCUCGAGAGGUUCGGACAGUAUAACACGAUUGAGAGUAUUCUCGAGAGGUUCGGACAGUAUAACACGAUUGAGAGUAUUCUCGAGAGGUUCGGACAGUAUAACACGGUUGAGAGUAUUCUCGAGAGGUUCGGACAGUAUAACACGAUUGAGAGUAUUCUCGAGAGGUUCGGACAGUAUAACACGAUUGAGAGUAUUCUCGAGAGGUUCGGACAGUAUAACACGAUUGUGAGUAUUCUCGAGAGGUUCGGACAGUAUAACACGAUUGAGAGUAUUCUCGAGAGGUUCGGACAGUAUAACACGAUUGUGAGUAUUCUCGAGAGGUUCGGACAGUGUAACACGAUUGUGAGUAUUCUCGAGAGGUUCGGACAGUAUAACACGGUUGAGAGUAUUCUCGAGAGGUUCGGACAGUACCCAGUUUAUGCACAGGGCAACAGCGGUAACAACCCUGGUGGCGGAAACGGCAAUGGAAACAAUCCAGACACGACGACAACAAAACCACUAGGAACCACUGUCGCUGGUGGGAUCGGCUCAGUUUGUGAUGUUUACACACUGUGUACCCAGAGCGACGUCGCCUGUAGUUUGACGUCAGAAAGAUGCGUCACGUGUACGCCAGACAAUAUUCAACUUGGAAUAUGUUUCGAAUCAGGAUGUGGUGGAGUUCACACUGCAGUGUCGGGAAUGAUAACACAGGGUAAGGUGUCCGGACAAAUCUGUGAGUACCUCAUCUUCCAGCCAAAUGGUACCAUCAGCCUGACGUUCACCGACGUCAAUGUCCAGAACAACUGUGAUCUCGACUAUUUAGAGGUAACCAGUGACCGCGACAAUUUGGAGGUUCGAGACGGUGGAUACGAGUCUUCAACCCUUCUAUCCACUCUGUGCGGUACAGAUACUGGCGUCUUUAUCUCUAGCUCGAAUCUCAUGUACAUUAAACUUGUAGAGAAUGGUGGAAAGAAAAGUGAAUUUACAGCUGAAUACAGUUCUGUGCCAAGAACAACAACUUCUAUGCCAACAACAACAACAUCUAUGCUGACAACAACGACAUCUACACCAACAACAACAUCUGUGCCAACAACAACCACCAACACUCCGACAACAACUUACACUAGGCUAUCAACAAGAUCCAUUAUGCCAACAACAACUACCACACAACCAACAACAACUUCCAGUUUGUCGACAAAAACUACCACGACGCCAACAACAACCACACAUACUCCGAUAACAACUUACACUAGGCUAUCAACAACAUUAACUACGCCAGAAACAACUACCACUUUGCCUACAACUACUACUACUAUGUCGACAUCAACUAUUACAAUAACGACAAUAACUGCUAUAACCACAAUGCCAACACUUACUACCACAAUGUCGACAUCAACUACCACAAAGCCGUCAACAACUACAACAAUACCGAAAACAACUACCACAAUGCCACCAUCAACUACCACAAACCCAACAUCAACAACCACUAUGCCGACAUCAACUACCACACCGUCUUUAACAUCUACCACAAUGCCGCCAUCAGCUACCACAAUGCCACCAUCAACUACCACAAACCCAACAUCAACUACUACUAUGUCGACAUCAACUACCACACCGUCUUUAACAUCUACCACAAUGCCGCCAUCAACUACCACAUUGCCACCGUCAACUACCACAAUGCCACCAUCAACUACCACAAUGCCAUCAUCAACUACCACACCGUCUUUAACAUCUACCACAAUGCCGACAUCAACUACCACAAUGCCGACAUCAACUACCACAAUGCCACGUUCAGGUACCACAAUGCCACCCUCAACUACCACACAACCACCAUCAACUACCACAAAGCCUACAUCAACUACCAUAAUGCCACGUUCAACUACCACAAUGACACGUUCAACUACCACAAAUCCACCAUCAACUACCACAAUGCCAAUAUCAACUACAAUUAUGCCGACAUCAACUACCACACCGUCUAUAACACCUAUCACAUUGCCGACAACAACUACCACAAUGCCAAUAUCAGCUACCACAAUGCCAAUAUCAACUACCACAAAGCCACUAUCAACUACCACAAUACCAACAGCAACUACCACUAUGCCGACAUCAACUUCCAAAAUGCCACCAUCAACUACCACAAUGCCAACAGCAACUACCAUUAUUCCGACAUCAACUACCACCCCGUCUUUAACAUCCACCACAAUGCCGACAACAACUACCACACUUCCACGAUCAACUACCACAAUGCCGACAACAACUACCACAAAGCCGACAACAACUGCCACAAUGCCACGUUCAACUACCACAAGGCUAACAACAACUACCACAAAGCCGACAACCACUACCACAAUGCCACCAUCAACUACCACAAUGCCAACAACAACUACCACUAUUCCGACAUUAACUACCACCCCGUUUUUAACAUCUACUACUAUGCCGACAUCAACUACCACAAUGCCAACAACUACCACUCCGCCUAUAACAUCUACCACAACGCCGACAACAACUUCAACAAUGCCGACAUCAACUACCACAAUGCCGACAACAAUUACCAAUAUGCCAACUUCAACUACCACUAUGCCAACAUCAACUACAUCAAUGCCAAAAUCUACUACUACAAUGCCAACAAAUACCACUCCGCCUAUAAAAUCUACCACAAUGCCAACUUCAACUACCACAAUGCUGACAACAACUACCACUCCGCUUAAAACAUCUACCACACCGCCGACAACAACUACCACUCCGCCUAUAACUUCUAACACACCGCAGACAGCAACUAUCACUCCGCCUACAACAACUACCACUAUGCCGACAUCAACUUCCACAAUUCGAACAACUACCACUCCUCCUACAACAUCUACCACUACGCAGACAACAACUACCACUCCGCCUACAACAUCUACCACUAUGCCGACAACAACUACCACUCCGCAUAUAACAUAUUCCACUAUGCCGACAAUAACUACCACUCCGCCUAUAACAUCUUCCACUCCGCCUACAACAUCAACUACUAUGCCGACAACAACUACCACUCCGCCUACAACAUCUUCCACUCCGCCUACAACAUCAACUACUAUGCCGACAACAACUACCACUCCACCUACAACAUCUACCACUAUACCGACAUCAUCUACCACUCCGCUUACAAUAUCUACCACUUUUCCGACAUCAUCUACCACUCCGCCUGAAACAUCUACCACUAUACCGACAUCAUCUACCACUCCGCCUACAACAUCUACCUCAAUGUCGACAUCAACUACCACAAUGCCGACAACAUCUACCACAAUGCCUACAUCAACUACCACAAUGCCGACAUCAACUUCCACUUUGCCGACAGCAUCUACCACAAUGCUGACAUCAUCUACCACUCCGCCUACAACAUCUACCACAAUGCCGACAUCAUCUACCACUUCGCCUACAACAUCUUCUAAAAUGCUGACAACAACUACCAUUCCGCCUACAACAUCUACCACUAUACCGACAUCAUCUACCACUCCGUCUACAACAUCUACCACAAUGCCAACAACAACUACCACUCCGCCUACAACAUCUACCACUAUGCCGACAUCAUCUACCCCUCCGCCUACAACAUCUACCUCAAUGUCGACAUCAACUACCACAAUGCCGACAACAACUACCACAAUAACUACAUCAACUAACACAAUGCCGACAUCAACUUCCACUUUGCCGACAACAUCUACCACAAUGCCGACAUCAUCUACCACUCCGCCUACAACAUCUAACAUUAUGCCGACAUCAUCUACCACUCCGCCUACAACAUCUUCUAUAAUGAUGACAACAACUUCCACUCCGCAUACAACCUCUACCACUAUGCAGACAUCAUCUACCACUCCGCCUAUAACAUUUACCACAAUGCCGACAACAACUACCACAAUGGCGACAUCAACUACCACAAUGCCGACAUUAACAACUUCCACAAUGCCGACAUCAACAACUUCCACAAUGCCGACAUCAAAUACCACAAUGCCGACAUCAAUUUCCACAAUGCCUACAUCAACUACCACAAUGCCGACAUUAACAACUUCCACAAUGCCGACAUCAACAACUUCCACAAUGCCGACAUCAAAUACCACAAUGCCGACAUCAACUUCCACAAUGCCUACAUCAACUACCACAAAGCCGACAACAACUACCACUCCGCCUACAACAACUACCAUUAUGCCUACAGCAUCUACCACAAUGUCGACAACAACUACCAUUCCGCCGACAACAUCUACCACUUUGCCGAUAUCAACUUACACUAUGCCGACAUCAACUACCAUUAUGCCGACAACAUCUUCCAGUUCACCGACAACAACUACCACUUUGCCUACAGCAUCUACCACUACGCCGACAACUACUACCACUCCGCCUACAACAUCUACCACAAUGUCUACAACUACAACCACUCCACCUACAACAUCUACCAAUAUGCCGACAUCAACUACCACUAUGCCGACAACAACUACCACUAUGCCAACAUCUACUACCACUAUGCCGACAACAUCUUCGACUCCGCCGACAACAACUACCACUCCGCCUACAGUCUCUACCACUCCGUCUACAACAUCUACCACUAUGCCGAUAUCAUCUACCACAAUGCCAACAUCUACUACUUUUCAUAUAACAUCUACCAUAUUGCCAACAUCAACUUCCACAAUGCCAACAAAAACUACCACAAUGCUAACAUCAACUACCACAAUGCCGACAACAACUACCACUCCGCCUGUAACAUCUACCACUCCGCCUACAACAACUACCACUCCGUCUGUAACAUCUACUACUCCGCCUACAGCAUUUUGCACUCAGCUUACAACAUCUACCACAAUGCCGACAACAACUACCACUCCGCCUACAGCAUCUACCACAAUGCCGACAACAACUACUUAUCCACCUACAACAUCUUCCUCUCCGUCUUCAGCAUCUACCACUACGCAGACAACCGCAACCACAAAGACAACAAUAACUAACACGCCAACAAUU